GCAUUGAUAUUCACUGAAAGGAAAGUCAUGAAGACCUUGUACUUUACGGCGUGGCGAAUGGAUGUAGAUUGCGGAGGUCGCCGUCACAUUCAUACUUCAACGGAAACCACAGAGUUAUUUGAUACAGCUUUGAGGAAGAAUCCAAAAUUUUUGGAUCGAUAUCUUGAAUCCAUAAAAGGCAAUAAAUAA